AAAACCCACGUUGUCAGAGCAGGGAAUUAUGGGAACAAAAUGUCUGCGCCCUGUCUUUUGCCCUGACAUCCAUUCAACCGCGUUUUUCUAGUAGACUUUCUGUUAUUAUUGGGGGUUUUCUUGCGGGCUUUAACCGAGAGGAUGUCUGAAAACGCCGAGCAGAAGAACGGAGCCGGGCUCUCCAGGACAGAGAUCGCUGAGAUGUUGAUGAAGAACUUCGAGAAGCUGCCUGACAUUGAUCAGAAGCUCUUCUCCUACGGACCCCUGUAUCUGGGAGGAAACGCCGGGCUGGGGGGGCUGAUCGCCAACAGCCUGUACCGGAGGGCUCUGAACGUCCGAGCGGCGCGCUUCGCCUCCAGCCUGCCCAUGGCCGUGCUGCCCUUCCUCGCCACCGCCUCCCUGUACCACGUCGCGGUGUCCCAGCCGCUGCUGGCCGGGGACCUCAACUGCCCCAGCUGCUCCCUGCUCAGGGGCGCGCUGGUCGGGGUGGUCGGCGGUGCCCUCUACCCGAUCCUGCUGGCUCUGCCGCUGAAUCUAGGCCUGGCGUCCAGAUACGGCACGGCUCCGCUGCCAGAGAAAGGCGCCAUGCUGCGGUACUGCGUGGACAUCGGCAGGCCCGUCUUCAACAAGAUGAGGGCAGUUCUUCUGCUGCAGGCUUUCUUCGGCACCUACCUGGGAUCCAGGCACUUCCAGAGUUACACCACCCUGGCCCACAUAACCUUCGGCCAGGGUGAGGAAAUGCACGACUGACUGAACUGUACCGAUGUUGUUUUAUACUGCUGGAAAUCUGCUUUACCUCUGGUUGUGUCCCAGGAAAUAAAAAGAAACGUGAACUCA